GCGAAGGGAAGAGAAGUCCCACUUUCUUCCCUUCUUCCUCCUUAAACCAGCAUUUCCUCAUACAUAAAAAGCCACCUCUACUUGUUUCUUUUUCCUCUCAGAACAAACUUGUUCAAUUCCCAAUUCUCUUAAACACCCUUUGUUUUCUCUAUCGAAGACUGCUUUACAUAGGGGUUUGUUUGUGAUGUGCAGUGGUUCAAUGAGUGAACUUGUUCCUACAAAUUUCAUCAUGGAAGGUGAAUUGCACGAGCUUAAAGCCGAUAAAUGCUCGGUUUUGCUCGAACUAGCCGCCAUCGAUGACCUGGUGGCCUUCAAAAGUGAAGUGGAAGAACAGGGUUUGGAUCUUGCAGAGGCAAGCUUCUGGUAUGGUAGAAGAAUAGGGUCGAGAAAGAUGGGGUUCGAAGAGAGGACACCGCUGGUAAUCGCAUCCAUGUUCGGUAGCGUGGAUGUCUUGAAAUACAUCCUCCGUAGUGGGAAGGCUGAUGUGAAUGGAGCAUGUGGUACUGAUGGAGUUACUGCCCUUCAUUGUGCGGUUGCUGGUGGUUCGAAUUCUUCGGUAGAGAUCGUCAAGCUAUUGCUCGAUGCGUCUGCGGAUGCUAAUUGUGUCGAUGAUAAUCGGAACAAACCGAUCGAUUUGGUCCUGCAGGGUUUAAAAUCUUUGAGUGGUGCCAGGAGAAAGGUGAUUGAGUUGCUGCUGCAAGGUGAUGAUGUUGUUGGUUUUAACCCCGAAGAAGAGUCCGAAAAGGCUGUUGUGCCUAAAGUGGGUUCCGAGAAGAAAGAGUAUCCUAUUGAUGUAUCGUUGCCUGAUAUCAACAAUGGCAUAUAUGGAACUGACGACUUCAGGAUGUAUACCUUUAAGGUGAAGCCUUGCUCGAGGGCAUACUCCCAUGAUUGGACCGAGUGUCCGUUUGUUCAUCCCGGUGAGAACGCUCGGAGGAGGGACCCGAGGAAGUACCCCUACAGCUGUGUGCCCUGCCCGGAGUUUCGUAAGGGGGCAUGCCCUAAGGGUGAUGCUUGUGAAUACGCGCACGGUGUGUUCGAAUCAUGGCUUCAUCCUGCUCAAUACCGGACAAGACUUUGCAAAGAUGAGGUUGGCUGCACACGCAAAGUUUGUUUCUUUGCUCACAAACAUGAGGAAUUACGCCAGGUGUAUGCUUCCACCGGUUCGGCCAUGCCUUCACCGAGGUCUGCUGCGGUUAAUGUAGUGGACAUGGCAACUUUGAGCCCUCUAGCACUCGGUUCAUCAUCCUUGCCAUUGCCUACUGCUUCGACGCAACCCAUGUUUCCUUUGACUGCCUCUUCCUCUUCGAAGAAUGGAGGCUUGUGGCAGAACAAAAUGAACCUCACCCCACCGGCGUUGCAGCUACCGGGUAGCCGCUUGAAGACGGCUUUUAGUUCCCGGGAUUUUGAUUUGGAAAUGGAAAUACUAGGGCUCGAGAACCAGUUGCAGAAGCAAAAGUUGAUAGAUGAGAUAUCUAGCCUCUCCUCCCCAUCUUGCUGGAGCAAGGAAUACGGUAGGCUUGGCGAUUUGAAACCUACUAAUCUCGAUGACACAUUCGGGUCCCUCGAUCCUUCUCUGCUGUCUCCAUUGAAGGGACAUCAAAUUCGCCAAAACCAACUCCGUGCAAGCUAUCCAACCAACCUUCCAUCCUCUCCAGCGAGGAAUCCUUCACCAUUCGGUUUUGACUCAUCUGCAGCAGUGGCAGCAGCAGUAAUGAAUUCCAGGUCUUCUGCUUUCGCUAAACGGAGCCAGAGUUUAAUCGACCGCGGUCGAGCUGGACUCACCGCGCCGGCUAAUUCCGCUACCGUAAUGUCUUCAAACAUAUCCAACUGGAGCUCCUCUGACGGGAAACUGGAUUGGGGAAUGCCAGGAGAUGAGCUGAACAAGCUUAAGAAGUCCGCUUCCUUCGCAUUUCGGAACAACACUCGGGCAGCAACGAUGAUACCAUCCGACAUUGACGAGCCAGACGUGUCAUGGGUUAAUUCUCUCGUGAAAGACGUUACUCCCAUGGGAGGCAGAUCAAUGCAGCAGCAAUACAAUAUCGGUAAAGGCGUUCGAGAAAGGCUUCCACCAUGGGUGGAGCAAAUGUAUAUAGAACAGGAACAGAUGGUAGCGUAAGAAGAAAGACCCUUUCUUCUUCUUCUUCUAUUCGUAACAGUAUUCAAUAGUCAUAGUAGAUAGGUCGAGAAGUAAACAGACAUGGGCAAUAAGGUUCAAGUUCAGUGCUCAUGGUUAGCGUUAGGAAGAAGAUGAAGCAAGGCAACAAAUAAAUUUUAUUUAUUACUUUAUAUUCUUAAUUCUUUAUGUUUUUAUCAAAAAGGGG